AUGAACUUUAUAGUGAAAUUGAUAAGUAAAUAGAAAAUAAAUGAAAUCAGGUUUUGUUUAAUAAAUUUAUAAGAAGAUAAUUAAAAAAUACUUUAAUGCAUGAAUCUAAUAGAGUAAGAUAAAUAAAAAUUAAGAUAAUAUUGGACAAAUAUUUUUAAUAAGAUUCAUUUUAUUGAAAUAAAAGCAUUAUCAACAGAGAUUAUCAAAUAUUUUGUUUUUUUGUUGAAUCCAAUUGAUUAAUUGAGAAAGAUAAUUAUUCUUAUUGGGUAUAGUAUAAAUAAUUGGUAUCGAAUCUAAAUAUAUUAAUAAAAAGAAUAUUUGAAUUUGAACCUGAAAGAAUCCCUAAAAUAAAACUGGGGAAUUUGUAAUAGAUAUAUGAAUUUAAUUAAAAAUAUACUCGUAUUAAAUUGGAUGGUAUUGAAUUUAUGUAUUAAUAUAUUGGAUCAAUAAUUGAAGUAAGAAAGAGAGAUUAUUACGAUAUUUAUUAUGAUUAUUAAACUAAAUUGUAAGAAUAUGAGAAGAUGA